AUUAAAUAUACCCACCUAUCUAUAUUUCAAUUUAUGACUGAUAAAAACUUGUAAUACAGACUAGAAUUUCAAAAUGAGGACUAUCCCUAAGUGGGUAAAUAAAAUUCAUGAAGCUGAUAAAAUAGAAUUUUCGAGUGUUCACGCAAUAUGCUUCAGUCCAGAUGGCUCGCAGUUGAUUGUGGGUGCGGGAGAGAAAGUUAUGGUAUAUGAUCCUAGAGAUGGAGCUCUUGUUCAGCUUUUACAAGCUCACAAAGGUGCAGUUUAUGCAGUUGCAUAUUGUAAUGAUGGCAAGAAAUUUGCCAGUGGCAGUGCCGAUAAGAAUGUUAUCAUAUGGACAUCUAAAAUGGAGGGUGUUCUUAAAUACUCACACAGUGAAGCAAUUCAAUGCUUAGCUUACAAUCCAGUGACAUAUCACUUGGCAUCAUGUGCAUUAUCUGAUUUUGCAUUUUGGUCAGCGGACGUAAAAGCAGUACCAAAGUUCCGAGUAACUGGUCGUAUCACAAGCUGUGCCUGGUCUCCGACAGGACAGCAUUUGGCUAUAGGAUUAGCUAGUGGAGUUGUUUCAGUACGAAAUAAGUUAGGUGAAGAAAUUAAAAAAAUAGUUAGAGAUGCAGCGGUGUGGGCCAUUGCUUUCUCAAAAACAACUCUCUUAGUUACUGAUUGGAAUGACAUUUUAUCCUUUUACAAUCUGGAGGGUCAACAAGUCUUAAAAGAAAGGAAUAUUGGUAUAUCUGCAGUGUCCAUAUCAGUAUUCGGUGCUUUAGUUCUGGUGGGUGGCAUUGAGGGAUGGUCGGUGCUUACUUCGGAAGGAGUGUUAAUUAUCUCUACACCUUUGGAAUGGGUUUGGGCUGUUGCACCUUCAAAUGCUUUGAAUUCUUUGGCAGUAGCCUGUCAAGACGGAUCAUUAUGGUGCUAUCAAAUAGCAUAUAAUACAGUGCAUGGGCUGUACCGUGAAAGAUACGCUUAUAGAGAAAAUAUGACAGACAUAAUUAUACAACACUUAACUACUGGAAACAAAGUUCGAAUUAAGUGUCAUGAUAGAGUGCAGAAAAUAGCUAUAUAUAAACAUCGUUUAGCGGUUCAAUUACCGGAAAGGGUAGUUGUGUAUGAACAAGGUGAUUUGGAAGGAAUGCUGUACAGAGUUAAAGAAAAACUUAUGCAGAAAAGUGAAUGUUCGCUCUUAGUAGCUACCAGCGAUGCUCUACUUCUGUGUCAGGAUACAAAACUCUCAAUGAUAUGCUCGAGGGUACCCAAGUCUUGGAAUGUCCCUGCUCCCAUCCGUUAUGUUAAGGUUACAACAAUAAACUUCACAGAGGUCUUGCUUCUUGGAUUAUUCAAUGGUCAAAUUUGGCAAGUGGAGCCGGACAGUGGGGUGUCUAAAGUAAUCCUACAGAGUCCGAGCAACGUCCGUUGUUUGGAUGUAAACGCCUCACGCUCUCGCCUUGCAGUUGUAGACGAGGGUUCCGUAUGCCGCGUGUACAGCCUGCCUAAUGCUGAAUUACUUUAUACGGAAGAGAAUGUAACAUCAGUCUCCUGGAACUCUUGGUGCGACGAGCUCCUUUGCCUGUCGGGCGGAGGACUACUGUCUAUAAAAGCGGCUAACUUUCCUGCAGCAACGCAACCGCUAACCGGCUCCGUCGUUGGCUUUCAGGGUGGUCGUGUUUUCUGUUUGCAAGCCAAUUCUAUGCAAACGGUGAAUGUACCCCUCUCGCACGCCGUACAUCAAUACGUCCAGCAAAAAUUAUUUAAUGAGGCGUACGCAGUAGCAUGUUUGGGCGUGACUGCUUUAGAUUGGGAACGACUUGGCACCGCAGCCUUAGAAGAGCUUUCGUUUGAAGUUGCAAGAAAAGCUUUCCAACGUAGCGAGAAUAUCGCCUUCCUUACACUCAUCGAUCAAUUGCAGGAACGUAUCGAGAACGGAGAAAAGCGCGCAGUUAUAGCGGGCGAGGUGGUCGCACACUGCGGGCGGUACGCAGAGGCAGCGCGUAUGUUCCACAGUGCGGGUAGGGACGACCGAGCGCUCGCGCUCUACCUCGACCUGCGCAUGUUCAACAAGGCUCAGGAAUAUGUAGAUGAGGGUGAAGGACUGACGAGCUUGGCGCGUCAACGUGCAGAGUGGGCGAGACGUGUGAACGAGCCUCGAGCGGCCGCUGAGAUGUACCUCGCCGCCGGUGAUGUCAAGAAGGCAGCCACGAUACUGGCGGAAAGCGGACGGCGGGACAUGUUAAUAGAGCUAGCAAGGAAGAUGGACAAAGGGUCUAGCGACUCCCUUCGUCAUUUAGCAGAGGCAUUAGUGUCUGUCAGUGAAUAUGCGACCGCUGGAGACGUGUACCAAAGACUUGGAGAUUUUAGGAGGGUAGCUCAACUAGCUGUGGUAGCUGGUGAAUGGUCUCGAGCGUUCGACGUCGCCCGGGAGCAUCCAGAGUGUAGGCGGGAUGUAUACUUGCCUUACGCGCAUCGAAUGGCACAAGAGAACAAAUUCGUCGAAGCGCAAAAAGCAUACCAUAUGGCCGGCGAAACGGAAACAGCGAUGAAAGUGUUUAACGUGCUAGUAUGUAACGCGGUGACUGAGGAGCGCUUCAGUGACGCCAGCUACUUGCACCACUUACUUGCCUCUCAGUGCAUCGAAUCUGCAACAACAGCAGACAGAGAUCGCGAUACACUCCUGCAUCAGUACGCGCACUACGACCGGCUUGCUCGUAUCUACCACGCAUACGACGCGGUACAUCGCUGCAUACACGAGCCGUUCUCGCUCUCUCAACCAGAGAUGUUACUAAAUGCCGCGCGCUACGUACUCGCCUUGUUGGACGGUGAUCCCCCGGCCGGUGUCUCUAUGUUUUGUUUAUAUCUUUGCCUGGCGAAGCAAGCUAAAGCCCUCAAUGCAAAUACACUGGCACGACAAAUGUUGGAUAAAAUAUUGGGUCUACAAAUUCCUCCAAAAUUUCAGGAAGGCGUGGAGUUGCUUAUGCUGAAGAGUGGAGGAGGAAGUAUCGAUCCUGGUGAAGAUGAAGUGGUUCCACUGUGCUGGAGGUGUCGCCGUCACGUCCAGAGUUUCGACAACCACUGUCCACGGUGUAAACAUCCACUGGCUUACUCCCUUGCUACUCAUGAGGUUCUACCAUUGGUGCAAUUCGAGCCUUCGGAAGGAAUCACGCACGAAGAGGCCAUGGAGCUCAUAGAACGUGUUCCGAUACCAGAAGUAGAGAAUGCAAACAAUGAAGGAGCGGACAUACUUCGAAUAGACCACGACAUCGACUACUCUGAUCCCUUUCUGGAUAAAGUUGAAGAGGAAGAUGAAGGGCUAGUCGAGUGCAGUCGACUCGCCCUACUACGCCUCAACCCUGCUUCUAUAAUAGUGGUGGAGCGUCCCCCCCUACCGCCCAUCUACUACCGCAACAUGCUACCCGAACUGCCCGUGACCACCUGCUCUUCUUGUCGUAACUUGUUUUAUAUGGAGGACUACGAAAUACAAUUAGUCACGAAGGGCCACUGCCCUUUCUGUAGACAUCUGUCUGAAGAACUUAAGAACACAGAGGAUAGUGGGGAAGGUUCUCCGACGAACGACACUGGAUCUCCGACACCACGCAGUCUCAGUAAUGAAGACGCCACUUGGUAAAAAUUACGGUUAUAAUCAGACCCUAUUAUACUAUUCACCCGCCUAAAGAUAAGUGAUACUCAGAAAUCACCUUUUAUUUACUGACCUCUUGAAUUUAUGUUAAACAAAGUCAACACUGACAAAGAAACGGUUGAACGAGGUUAUUUUUAAAUGACAAGUAUAUCUAUAUCAUGUCUAUUUGCGUUAAGUGUUGAGUAAUUCAUCAAAUUCAAAUUAGAAAGUCGUGUUCAAAUUGAUCAAUUGAAGUUAGUCCUUCAGACAGACGUUCUUUUGCACUUGGUGGAUUAAAUUGGCGUGGCUAUUUUCUUAACGCAAGUGGACUAUAAAAUACAGUUUGGAAACAAAUAAUAUGUGUGUACAGUUAUACUGUUAUAACGAUUCAGGACGUUGCUUUUACCAAUGUGAAAAGAAUAUUAAAAAUAUUUACAAUGUACCUAACUCACAUAAUCGUAUUAUAAAUAUACAAAAUUAUUAUGAA